AUGGCUCCCCAGACUUGUCGGUUCUGUGGGGCAGCCAUGGACAUCCGCGACGGUCACCGUGAGAGUCCGUCUUGUUUGGGCAUGGCGCAUUUAAUGGAUGACGUUGAUUGCCCAUGUCCAGCAGCCAUUGAUCUGCCUCUGGAGGAAAGGGCCCGAAGGGCUAGGCUUGAGGGGCAUUCCCAACACACUGCGGCAGCUGCUCCCUCUAGUAGGGAACGAGAGCGUCGCACAGAAAACCGCUCCCGCAAGCGUAAACAGGGGCAGUCCCAGGGGCAUGGAAAAAAACGUGCCACAGAGACUAACUCUCCGCCACUGCAGAGUCCAGCCCCACCUGUAGAUGGGGCAGGGGGGCAGGAAGAUACUCAGUCUCAAAUCCUGGCCGCCAUUCGUGGUCUGGCAGACAGGGUGAGUAGAAUGGAGGCUCAGAGAGCAGCUCCACUGACUGCGGCUUGUUCGGAGGGGAUCUCCCCCAGGGACUUGCCGGCAUAUGAAGAACAUCAGGCAGAUCACCCUGAUGCUAUAUCACUCUAUGCACAGGGUUCUCCACCUUGGAGGACGAGGGUCACCCAGAGAUUGCUGAAGAGUCACAUUGCCUUAGCCUAUCUCACACAGGAGGCUAGGCUCGGUUCCGCUAUGUCGUCAGCCAUGAUGGCCCGCAGACAGAUCUGGCUAGCUCAGACAACCCUCCCCGAGAACAUCAGUAAGGAGCUUACCAACAUGCCGGUGAGCCCUGGAGGCGUGUCAGGCGCCAGGGCUCAGGUGCACAAAAUUCGGGUGAUGCUGCAGGAAGACUGUGACUGCAGCAUCAAGGGUUUCAGCCCCAGCCUACAGCAAGAGGGGCUCCUCAAAGGAGACGCCCCCCCAAGGGUCCAGGGACCCAGGGGGCCUCUGCAUAGGAGUGGUGGGGCAGCCGCCAAGGUUCACUCCCAGCUACGCCUGGACAGCUGGGAGAAGGAAGUCUCAGACCCCUGGGUAGUGGCUACUGUUGCAAGGGGUUACAGAAUUCAAUUUCGGCGGCGGCCCCCACCUUUUUCCUGGGUCCAGAUGACGUUGGUCAAGGACCCAGUCCAGGCAAAAGUUCUGUCCGAGGAGAUUGCAAUCCUCCUGCAGAAGAAAGUAAUUGUGAAGGUAAGGCCCAGCAAACAGCAAGCUGGCUUUUAUUCAACAUAUUUCCUUGUUCCCAAAAAGGAUGGUGGGAUACGUCCCAUCCUGGACCUCCGGCGCCUAAACUUCAGAAUGCUGCACACACGGCCCAUUCUAGAGUCGAUAGAGCAAGGGGAUUGGUUCAACACUAUCGAUCUAAAAGACGCGUACUUCCACGUCCCCAUUUGUCAGGCACAUUGGCAGUUUCUACGGUUCGCAUUUCAAGGGCAAGCUUAUGAGUUCAAGGUCCUUCCGUUUGGUCUCUCCCUUUCUCCGAGAGUUUUCACCCGAGUGGUAGCAGCCGCUUUGUCACCACUCCAGAGGGCAGGCUUAAAGAUCCUGCCAUACCUGGACGACUGGCUGGUCUGCGCUUCAUCUCGCGAACAGGUCAUGCAGCAUACCGGGAGGGUCUUAGCUCAUGUCCAAUCCCUUGGUUUCAGGGUGAACUUAAAGAAAAGCAACCUCGAACCGAGGCAGGAAACAGUAUUCUUGGGGCUUUGCCUGAACUCACUUGUGAUGAAGGCGUCCCUUACCCCUCAGAGGGUUGCGAGAAUCCUAACGGUCUUGCGUAUCUUCCGACUGGGCAAACGCCUACAGUUGGUUCACUUUCAGAGACUGCUGGGGUUGAUAUCAGCAGCAGUGUUGGUGAUUCCGCUGGGCCUGCUCAAGGCUCGGCCCCUGCAGCGGUGGCUGAAUGCGUUCAACCUCCAUCGACGGAGGGACAGGCAUGUGAAGCUCAGAGUGACUCAGUCAUGUCAGAGAGCUCUGAGCCCAUGGAGGGACCACAAGUUGCUCACACAAGGUGUACCCUUGGGCAAUCUGCCUUCAAGGAGGACUUUGGUGUCCACAGAUGCCUCCAGGACAGGCUGGGGAGCAGUCUGGGAGGGCAGAAUGGCGAGAGGUGUUUGGAAACCUCCAUGGGACACCGAACACAUCAAUGUGCUCGAGCUGAGGGCUGUGCAUCUGGCUCUCAGGGCCUUUCUCCCAUUCAUACGCGGCAGGCAUGUCCUGGUGAAGUCGGACAGCUCUGUCGCAGUUUACCAUGUCAAUCAUCAAGGAGGCACGAAGUCUCUGCGUUGCCUCAAGGUUGCACAGAGGCUUCUGCCUUGGGCUUUUCCACGUCUGGCCUCGCUAAAGGCUGUCUAUGUACCAGGGGUGCUGAAUCGGGCAGCAGACCUCCUCUCCAGAUCGGGGCCUCUCCCGGGGGAAUGGAGACUACACCCAGAGGUGGUGGCGAGUUUGUGGACUCAUUUUGGUAUAGCUCAGGUAGAUCUGUUCGCAUCCAAGGAGACAGCCCAUUGCCAGCUGUGGUUUUCCCUGAGGCCUCCAGGCGGUCCUCUGGGCCUGGAUGCUCUGUCUCAUGAGUGGCCGAAGGGGUUACUGUACGCUUUUCCCCCACUACCAUUGAUUCCUCAUGUGUUGGACAGAAUCAACCGGGGGCACUACAAGGUUCUGUUGGUAGCCCCACGGUGGCCGGGGAGACAUUGGUUUCCAGCCCUCCUUCGCCUGGUUCACGGCCGACCUGGGCCCUUGCCACUCAGGGUGGACCUUCUGUCCCAGGCGGGAGGAAAAAUUUGGUAUACCAAGCCAGCUGUGGGCUUGGCCCCUUCUCAGUCCGUCUCUCAUGACCUGAGUGACGCUGUUCGGGAGACCAUAGAUAAUGCUAGAGCACCCUCCACACGCUACAAUUACAAGCAAAGGUGGAAGUUGUUCUCAUCGUGGUGCCACCAUAAAGGGGCAGAUCCCGUCACCUGCCCGGUGGCUUUGGUACUUGACUUCCUCCAGUCGCUGCUGGAUGCAGGUAGGGCAGCUAGCACCCUGAGGGGCUACACUGCGGCUAUUUCUACUUUCCAUGACACAAUGGGGGGUCUUUCGGUAGGGAAGCACCCCAUAGUGUCCCAGUUUCUGAAAGGUGCUAACCGUCUGCGCCCAGGCAGGAGUUUACGGGCUCCAUCAUGGGACCUACCUUUGGUGUUGAGGUCCUUGGCUACAGCCCCAUACGAACCACUGGAACAGUCAGAUUUUAAGUUUCUGUCACAUAAGACUGCAUUCCUUUUGGCCAUUUGCUCUGCCAAGAGGGUGAGCGAGCUACACGCACUGUCUGUGAGCAGCGAGUGCUUGAGGUGGAGAGCAGAAUAUGCAGGGGUGUCCCUGUGGCCGAACCCGUUCUUCCUCCCUAAAGUGGUAAGCCCUCAGACAGUGAAUCAGGCUAUUGAAAUGGAAACAUUCCAACCUGAUCCAUCUUGCCAAGAGGGAGCGGCUCUUCAUACAUUGUGUCCAGUAAGGGCACUGAAGGCCUAUGUUGAUCGUACUCGGACGCUGAGGCAGGCACACACUCAGCUGUUCAUUUGUUAUGGGGGCAAGAAGUUUGGUCACCCCCUGUCUAAGCAGCGUCUGUCCCACUGGUUGGUGGAGACAAUUUCUCAGGCUUACUCUAACCAAGAUUUCCCAGUCCCAGAAGGUCUGGUGGCCCACUCCACACGCAGUGUGGCCACUUCAUGGGCAGCUAUAAAGAAAGUUGUUGUUGGGGACAUUUGUGCAGCAGCAUCAUGGAGUACUCCAUGCAUGUUUGCAAGGUUUUAUAGAGUCAAUGUGACGUCUACGGCAAUUGGCUCCACAGUUCUUAUGUCGGCUGCCGAGCAUGUUGGUGAGGCGGUGGAAUCUUCGGAAUGUUGA